AUGGAAGGUAGUAGCUUGUCGUACCGCCUGCCAGCUCCACCACUCCCGCCACCUCCACCACCGCCGCCGCCUCCACCGUCUAUACCUGCGCUAACGCCAUCGCCACCGCUGUCGGGCACCUCGUCCCGACAUUUCCUUUGGACGUCUCCAUCCGCUUCAACGUCGACGCCAUUUUCGGCUACGAUACCUUCAUCCACUCGUUCGACGUCACCAGCUGCAUCGUCACCGCCGCCGCAGCCGCCGUCUUCGACGUCUGCACCGUCGUUACUGUUGUUACUGCUACAGAUGUUACUGCAGCUAUCGCCGACACCGCCGCUAUCGUCAUCUCCAGCGACGACGACAACAACAACAACAACGUUUCCGUCAAAACCCCUGACGCCAUCAUCAUCGUCGCCAUCAUCCACGCCCCAGCUGUCACUUCCCGCGCCUAAAACACCACCAUCAACAUCGUCGUCACCGCCGAUCACAACCACUGCGUCGCCAACUUCUGAACAGUACGUUUCGACCGUCGUAACGGGCUCUCUCGCUGCAGUAGUAGCCGCAGCCUUGUUUGGGGUUGCUGCCAAUAGAGUGUUCCGCUACCACCGCCAUUACCCCCUUCGGAAAAGAGUCCAGUCUUUUUCUUCGAUUAGUUCUAUCAGCUCGACUGAACAGCUAUGCCCAACUUGA